AUGACGAAUCCUGCAAAUAUCAUACAGUAUUUAUCAGCUUUAGUUAAAAAUAAUCUUGAUAUGAAGCAAAUAGAACCAUCACAAAAGGAACAUAAAUUAGCCAAGCAUUUAGCUGAUACCCUUACAUCAUUAAAUGAUUACAAACAUUUUGAAUAUGACGAAGUGAGACUGUCUUCAACCAUAAAAGCACUCGCUGAUCUCGAUUGGAUUCCGACAGAAGAAGCCUUUGUCGCUGAGUAA